AUGUCCAGUCGCCAUCGUAUUGAUGUUGGUGCAAGCCAAAGGAGAUCAAAAUUUUCUGAUCGUGAGGUCUCAAAUAACGGCGAUCGGGACCGGUCUCCUAUCAAGAAUGUGAAUAAUUCUGUACAAGUUAAUCCUUACACUGGUUUGCCAUACAGUCAGCGAUACUUUGACAUUUUCCGUAAAAGGAUUCAACUGCCAGUGUGGGAAUACAAGGAAAGAUUCUUCAAAGUUCUUACCGAAAACCAAGUUACUGUUUUAGUUGGCGAGACUGGAUCUGGCAAAACAACCCAGAUUCCACAAUGGUGUCUCGAGUGGGUUAAAUCUCGCUACACAGUAAAAAAGUGUGUAGCCUGUACUCAACCUCGUCGUGUUGCCGCUAUGUCGGUUGCUCAACGUGUCUCUGAAGAGAUGGAUUGCCAACUCGGUCACCAAGUUGGUUACAGCAUUCGUUUUGAGGACUGUACAUCUCAGAAUACUGUCUUGAAGUACAUGACAGACGGUAUGUUGCUUCGUGAAGGAAUGAGUGAUCCCCUUUUGGAAAACUAUGGUGUUAUUCUAUUGGAUGAGGCCCAUGAACGUACUCUGGCCACUGACAUUCUAAUGGGUCUGUUAAAGGAAAUCAUUGGUCAACGAUCAGAUCUAAAAAUCGUUGUAAUGAGUGCCACUUUGGAUGCUGGCAAAUUUCAGGAUUACUUCGAUGAAGCGCCUCUGUUGACAGUGCCUGGAAGGACCCAUCCUGUGGAAAUAUUCUACACUCCAGAACCUGAAAGAGAUUAUCUCGAGGCCGCUAUCAGAACUGUCAUUCAAAUCCAUGUUUGUGAGGAGAGUGAGGGAGAUAUUCUCCUCUUCUUGACAGGUCAAGAAGAAAUUGAGGAGGCUUGUAAAAGGAUUCAGCGAGAAGUUGAAUCUCUAGGGCCUGAAGUUGGUGAAUUGAGAUGCAUUCCUCUAUACUCCACCCUCCCGCCUAAUCUCCAGCAGCAUAUAUUUGACCCCCCACCUCCACGACGUAAAAACGGAGCUGUUGGAAGAAAAGUAGUCGUCUCGACAAAUAUCGCUGAGACAUCACUAACUAUUGACGGUGUUGUGUUCGUCAUUGAUCCCGGUUUCGCUAAACAAAAAGUCUAUAAUCCUAGAAUUCGUGUCGAGUCCUUGCUUGUCACCGCAAUUAGUAAGGCGUCUGCUCAACAACGGGCUGGUCGUGCAGGUCGUACACGACCGGGAAAAUGUUUCCGUCUCUAUACUGAAAGGGCCUACCAACAGGAGAUGCAAGACAACACGUAUCCUGAAAUUCUUCGCUCAAAUUUAGGAACGGUUGUGUUGCAGCUGAAAAAACUCGGCAUUGAUGAUUUGGUUCACUUCGAUUUCAUGGAUCCGCCUGCGCCGGAGACUCUCAUGCGAGCCUUGGAGCUGCUGAACUAUUUGGCAGCUUUGGACGACGAUGGCAAUUUGACAGAUCUUGGAAGUAUGAUGGCUGAAUUCCCCCUCGACCCUCAACUUGCCAAAAUGGUCAUCGCUUCUUGUGACUACAACUGUUCGAAUGAAGUCUUGAGUAUCACUGCUAUGUUGUCUGUGCCUCAAUGUUUUGUAAGACCUCCCGAUGCUAAAAAGGCUGCAGAUGAGGCCAAAAAUCGAUUCGCUCACGUUGAUGGAGACCACUUAACUCUGCUAAAUGUCUAUCACGCUUUCAAACAGAACCAGGAAGAUCCACAAUGGUGUUAUGAUAACUUUAUCAAUCUUCGUUCACUUAAGUCUGCUGACAACGUUCGUGUCCAGCUGUCCCGCAUAAUGGAUAGAUUCUCUCUUCGACGUUCAAGUACUGAGUUCUCCUCUCGAGACUAUUACUUGAAUAUCCGCAAAGCUCUAGUCUCCGGAUUCUUUAUGCAGGUCGCUCAUUUGGAAAGAACUGGUCACUAUUUAACCGUCAAGGACAAUCAGGUUGUCCAGCUUCAUCCUUCUACCGUGCUAACUCACAAGCCCGAGUGGGUUCUCUACAAUGAAUUUGUCCUUACAACCAAGAAUUAUAUCAGAACUGUUACUGAAGUCAAACCAGAUUGGCUUGUUCGCAUAGCACCUCAGUACUACGAUAUGUCCAACUUCCCUGAAUGUGAAGCAAAGAGGAUUCUGGAGAAGUGUGCUCAUAGAAUGGCACAGAAGCAACAGAAGAAACAACAGGAACAAGAUGCUGCACAAGAAGGGGUGCAACAAUCGGGUUCUCAACAGCAGUAG